AUGUCAGGUGGAGGAUGCAGCAUAGUGUGGUUUAGGAGAGAUCUGAGGGUGGAGGAUAACCCUGCCCUGGCUGCAGGAGUGAGAGCAGGAGCUGUGGUUGCUGUUUUUAUAUGGGCUCCUGAGGAAGAGGGUCAAUACUACCCUGGCAGGGUCUCUAGGUGGUGGCUCAAACAAAGCUUGGCUCACCUUGAUUUCUCUUUGAGAAGCCUUGGCACUCCCCUAAUCACCAAGCGUUCCACUAACAGUGUUUCUUCUCUAUUAGAAGUUGUUAAGUCCACUGGGGCUACUCAACUCUUUUUCAACCAUUUAUAUGAUCCAUUGUCACUUGUGAGGGAUCAUCGAGCAAAGGAAGUUCUGACUUCUCAAGGCAUUACCGUACGUUCAUUCAACUCCGACUUAUUGUAUGAACCAUGGGAUGUGAAUGAUGCUCAUGGCCAACCAUUCACAACUUUUUCUGCUUUUUGGGAAAGAUGCCUCAGCAUGCCUUAUGACCCACAAGCACCUCUUCUGCCACCUAAAAGGAUUAUUCCAGGUGAUGCUUCAAGGUGCCCUUGUGAUACAUUGGUGCUUGAAGAUGAACUAGAGAAGGCAAGCAAUGCGCUUCUUUCUCGAGCAUGGUCACCGGGAUGGAGCAAUGCUGACAAGGCAUUGACAGCAUUUAUAAAUGGUCCUCUGAUUGAAUACUCAAAGAAUCGUAGGAAGGCUGAUAGUGCCACAACCUCAUUUCUCUCACCACAUUUGCACUUUGGUGAGGUGAGUGUAAGGAAAGUUUUCCAUCUUGUCCGCAUUAAGCAAGUGUUUUGGGCCAAUGAAGGAAACAAGGCUGGUGAAGAGAGUGUGAACUUGUUUCUCAAGUCUAUUGGUCUUAGAGAGUAUUCUAGGUACAUUAGUUUCAACCACCCCUACAGUCAUGAGAGGCCCCUUCUAGGCCACCUGAAGUUUUUCCCUUGGGUGGUGAAUGAAGGGUACUUCAAGGCUUGGAGACAAGGCAGAACAGGGUACCCUUUGGUGGAUGCUGGAAUGAGAGAGUUGUGGGCAACUGGUUGGUUGCAUGAUCGGAUACGUGUUGUGGUUUCGAGUUUCUUUGUGAAGGUUCUGCAGCUUCCCUGGAGAUGGGGAAUGAAGUAUUUCUGGGAUACCCUUUUGGAUGCAGAUCUUGAGAGUGAUGCUCUUGGUUGGCAGUACAUAUCUGGUACUCUCCCUGAUGGUCGCGAAUUUGAUCGGAUAGAUAAUCCACAGUUUGAGGGGUACAAAUGUGACCCAAAUGGAGAAUAUGUACGACGCUGGCUUCCUGAACUUGCUAGAUUACCAACUGAAUGGAUACACCAUCCAUGGAAUGCACCAGAGUAUGUACUUCAAGCUGCUGGAAUUGAACUUGGUUCAAAUUAUCCUCUUCCCAUUGUGGGAAUAGAUGCUGCAGAAGUUAGACUGCAAGAAGCACUUAUACAAAUGUGGCAACAAGAAGCAGCUUCAAGAGCUGCAAUUGAAAAUGGAACCGAGGAAGGGCUUGGAGACUCAUCUGAAUCAACCCCUAUUGCUUUUCCUCAAGACACACACAUGGAAGAAAGACCUGCUGAACCUGUUAGGAACAACCCACCUCACGGUACUCGUCGCUACGAGGAUCAGAUGGUCCCAAGUAUCACUUCUUCCCAUGUGAGAGUGGAAGAGGAAGAAACAUCUUCAGACCUUCGAAACUCAGCAGCAGACAACAGAGCCGAAGUUCCUAUAAAUGUGACCACACAACAAAAUGCAAGAGAGACAAUGAAUCAAGGAGGGUUGCCGAAUGUAAAUAGAAACCCUCGAGUACAGAAUAAUGGUACAAUGUGGCUGAGAAAUGCAGCUGAAGAUUCCACGGCAGAAUCUUCCAGUAGUACUAGGAGAGAAAGGGAUGGGGGUGUAGUUCCAGUUUGGUCUCCCCCAGCAUCUAACUUCUCAGAACAAUUUGUAGAUGAUGAAAAUGGUAUUGGAGCCAGUUCAUCUUACUUGCAGAGGCAGCAUCCUCAGUCUCAUCAAUUGAUGAACUGGACGCGGCUACCUCAGACUGGGUGA